CUCCAUUGUUGUCUGACAGCUGCCCUGUCAUGCUGGCAGUCAUCUGUCGUUUGCUCCGUGAGGCAGCGCCCGCAAAGUGAACUGCCAAGCACUACGUCUCCCGCGCCAGUCCGCCCAAGCGCAGUCGCAAGGAUCUCCAGAUUUGUUGUUCGGACGACUUGCAUCUUUUUUGGCGGGACCAUACAACCACCACACAGCCCUCCAUGGCCUCGCUCAGCCGGUCAGCGCUGCUGCCCCAGUGUACGUCAUGCAUACGAAGAGUUGCGCGGCAGAAUUUGGAUGGAUGGGCGCCGCAGCAGCAGAUACGCAGCAUCUCGAAGGCGGCUAAGGAGGCCGAGCGCAACAUCGUCGUCAAGCUUCUGAAGGAUGUGCCGCGAUAUGGACGCGCUGGUUCAUACAUCCCUCUCAACCCUGCCACGAUGCGCAAUCGAUGGUUUCCUGCCCGCGUCGCCGACUACGUACCGUUUAAGCAAUUGAAGCUGCUGAAGGCUCAGGAUGUGGACAUGCAAAGAGACACAACAUUUGGUGUACGAGUGAACCUGGAAGAGGUCGAGGAAGAGGAGGAGGACCUUUUGACCCCACGGAAGCCAUACGUACGGCCGAUUGAAAUUGAUGUUCUUAGCCCCGAACGAUCUAUGGAACUCCUCGACACUUUCAUCUCCCCUACGAUCGACUUCUCACGCCAGCGCAUCGAGCAGGAGAAGGAAGCAAAGCCACGAUACGGCGCUUCUGGCGCGGCUGAUGUGCUCACGGCGGCUGCUAUGGGAGCCAAACCCAAGGCCUCAUCGAACGCCAUCUACGGCUCAGUAUCGACAGCAGACAUUGCUGCAACCCUGAAGGCAGCGCUGGCGCACAACGACGAGGCAGCUCGCGUGAUAUUGAACGAGGCGGAUGUUCGAUUUGUCACAGGAACAGAGGACGGAGACGCGCAGCGUGUGAAGGAGCUGGGUGUAUUCAAGGUUGAGAUACAACUGCCUGGCGCGGCAGAGCCAUUAGUGAGGAACAUCCGGGUCAAGGCGAAGGAUAUGGACGCGUGAAGUCGCAACACCGGUACGCCAUCCGCGGUCACAGUCCAGACCCGGGAAUUUUUCCGUUCGCUGUAAAGAUACACCUGUACAAAACGUGUAGACACUGUUUGGGCUUGGUUUCGGAAGAAUGGGACUAUACAAACCAUGAAGCCAUAGCAGCCACAGCCGGGAGCGUCAAUGAGCU